CAAUCGCAGUAAUUUUGUGAUUUUUGUCGCGGUAAGAACGUUGAUACAUUUUAAUCAGAAUUAAUAUAUGUACAUAGUAUAUGUAUUAUUUAUAUUACUUUCAACAUGAUAUUAUUUUCGGUAUUGUUUUGGACGACAAUCGUUUCAAUAUCAAACUGUCAAAUUAAUUCGGUUGUCGAAAUAAAAAUUAACAGCACAUACUGUUCGACAACGUGUCAUGGAAUGAAUUUUCCUUCGAUUCAUGAGGUUGUGUCUUUCGAGCCAGAUAAUAAUAAUCAUCAAACAUCAAUUCUUUUUGAAUCAUCAACGUUUUCGAAUUUCCCGUUAAAUUUGUUUACAGCUUUUGAAAAUUUGACGGAAUUGGAUAUGAGAAACUGCUCGAUUAGUCACAUAACUUGGGAAAAUUUUCUGUAUGCAGUGAAUUUAAAAGUGCUCUUUCUGUCUAAUAAUUCUCUAACAAAAAUAGAUGAUCUUGUAUUCAGUUACGCUCUGAACAUGCAAUUUUUGUGGAUAGAAAAUAACCGAAUACGGAGCUUAGUAAGCGAAAGCUUUAAGGGUCUGACACAACUCAAAUACUUAUCAUUGUUAGGAAAUCGUAUAGUGUAUCUACCCGAUGGAGUCUUUGAUGAUCUUAGAAGCCUAGAAGUUGUAAUUUUAGCAGAAAACAAAAUCAAGUACAUUCAAGACAAUUUGUUUACACGAAGCCCAGAUAUCCUGUCAAUUGAUUUAAAGAACAAUCGUAUACACAACAUAUCUGAUAACGCUUUCAAGGGCCUAGAACACGUCAUGAACUUGGAUAUAUCACAAAAUAAACCCUUGCGUAGCCUAAUCUUGAACGUUGACGCUUCCCAUUUUUAUGCAGAUUCGUGUUCAUUAAGACAAUUGAAUAUAUACGGUCGUGUAAAUUUUGCGCUCUUAAAUGGAAACCGAAUCCUGGAGCUGUAUUUUUCCCAGCCGGAAGCUCUUCAGAGGCUAGAUUUGAAAAAUAACUCCCUUCAACAGAUAGCUUCUCUAACACGUGCUUACAAUCUUGAAAUUUUAGACCUGUCUGACAAUCCGAAGCUAGAAUCCGUUCCCGACCCUUGGGGCGUUGUUUCCUUACAAAAGCUUGACUUGAGCAAUACGGGAUUGAAAGAAUUUCCACAGUCGAUUCUUGCAAAAAAAGGAACUCCGUGGAAGCUGCAUUUUCUCAAUAUUUCAAGCAAUUUAAUCAAAGAAAUCGACCCAAAGAUUUUUGUUCGUUUGGAAAACAUUACAAACUUUUAUUUCCAUGAAAACAAUUGGAACUGUUACCAUCUUCGUUUAAUGAUGGAUCUCUUGAUCAAGCCCAAACAGAUGGCUUACAGUAAUGAUGAGUUUGACCCCCUAUUUCCUGGAGAAUAUAUUGCAGGAAUCAAAUGCAUGUACCGGACUCUAGAAGAUGAGGAUGAAACACCAGCCUCCACAAAAAAAAAUCUUUCAACAGUAGAUGCAGUUGAAGAACUACGCAAUGAACUUAAGACAAUCAUACAAUUUUACGAAGGAAAGUUUGCAAAGGUAAUAGAAGCUUUAAACGGUUUGAAGAGCAGACUUGAUACUUUGACGGCAGAGAACGCUACUGUUUGGCAGCAUAUCACAUUAACAACUUAAAUUAUGUAUCACGUUUCCAAAGCAAACAAAUUUAUGAAAAUAACUUCAGUUUCUAUAAUUAUUUACACAUAUAUUUUUAAAUUAAUAAAAAAUAAAUCGUAUUUGAUCAUUUUUUCA